CCACUGGCCAUGCCAUCAUCCUCAGUUGAGUCAUUCUCUUAGAUCCAAGAAUUCAUUCAUCCCUACUGUUCCAUUCAUCAUUCUCUCUCACAUCCCCAAGAACCUUUCUCAACCCUAGAAACACCCCACAACAAAAACCUACCCAAACACUCCAUAUAUAUUCCCCAGCUGAACCCACCCACAACCUCUGUGUGUUUCUUAUACGUGGAUUAUAUUAUAUUCUCCAAACCUAGAACAAAAGAAGAAAAAAGAAAAAGAAAAAGUCGAUCUUGGAUCUGGGUUUGUUCUUCAGUUUUCGAGGUUUUGAGACAAAAUUAUAAUCUGGGUCUUGUUUUUAUUUCGAGUCUGGGAUUUGGGAAAGGGAGUUUUCAUUGGGGUACGGGAUAAGAAGAAGAUAUCAGUACGCUGCAGACAGGGUUUUUUGGGAUCAGCAUCAGAAACCACAGAAGCUGCAGAAUCAUCAGAAGUUGCAGAAGCUAAAGAGAAUUGUGUCAUGAAAUAUUACCAAAGAUUGUUUCUCCAGACCCCAGAAAAAAGUGUGUUUUAGGAGCCCAGAUCGGAGGUGAAGAAAAUAAAUCCCAAGUUUUUUUUUUUUAAAAGAUUAUCGUGAAUCUGGAUAGCCAGUGGAGCCAAGAAACCCCCCAGAUUUUCCCUUCUGGACAAAAUCCCAGCUUCAAGAACAAUAAUAAUAAUCUGCAGAAUCUUCAAGCUCUUUACCAUGGAAACGCCGUGAAUAGCCUCGAGAAAACCGAAGAUGCGAAGGGGAGCGGCGGGAAAAAAUCUGCGGGGAUGAAGAGAGGCGGCGCCGGCGCCGCCGGUGGGGAAAUAGUGCAAGUUGAAGGCGGCCAUAUUAUCCGGUCUACCGGCCGGAAAGACCGGCACAGUAAAGUGUUCACAGCGAAAGGGCCACGUGACCGGCGUGUGCGCCUCUCGGCUCACACCGCCAUUCAAUUCUACGACGUCCAGGACCGGCUCGGCUACGACCGGCCCAGCAAGGCGGUGGAUUGGCUCAUAAAGAAAGCCAAAAACGCGAUAGAUAAGCUCGCCGAGCUGCCACCGUGGAACCCCAACGAUGAAGCCAGCGUUAUCCCGGCCAGCCAGGAUGGUGACGUGGCAGGGAUGCCGUUGGAACAGAAUUCCGAUUCUUCCGCUCGGUACGAUUUUCCGUUUCAGAAGCAUCUAGAAGCAGCAGCGGGAAACGCGGCAGGAAAUUCGCCGUUUAUUUUGCAGGAAGACGAAACGCAGUCCAUAGCGGAAACCAUGAAAUCUUUCUUCCCGAUGAACUCCGGGAGCUCUCUGAUGAACUUUCAGAGCUACCAUCAUGAACUAAUGCCGAGAGCCUCAAUCCAAACCGAAGAUAAUCUCGGCUUAUCUCUUCACACCUUGCAAGACCAUAGACGGCCGGCGUCCACUUCCCAGCAACACGCGCUUUUCUCCGGCCAAAAUCCGGCGACCUUCGAGGCUAAUUUUUCGAGAAUGGUUGGUUGGAACGGCGCCGCCGGUAAUGGAGGAGAGAGCAGAGUUGGAUUCUUCUUGAACCACCACACACACCAGUCAAUUCCGCCGCAGACGGCGGCGCCGGCGGUGUUCUCGCAAGGCGGAGCAUUUUCUCAGAGGGAAUCCCUUCAGUCCAACUACUCGCACCUAAUUCCUGCUUGGGAGGAGAGGACAGCAUUAUCCUCCGCCAUUUCCAAUUCCCAUUUUGCCGCAGAAUUCCAAGUUCCGGCGAGAAUUCACGGCGAAGAUGAACACGGCGGCGGCGUCGCCGCCAUCAAACCAUCCUCUCCUCCUUCCAACUCUCACUACUAAAACCACCAUUAUCAUCUAUCCUUCAGGACAUUUAUUGAUCUUGGCCGGUGAAAGUUGUCUUCUGCAAAGUCUUGAUGAUAUUGACAACUCGAUAUGGUCUCCUGAGAAAGAGAAGACUGAAUGGUUAGAGCUCAAGAAUUCUAUAUGUUGUAACAUUAAUUCUUGUUUGUCAUGUGAUGAUUUUAUUUUUGUUUUAUGUAUGACUGCACCUUCAUAAUGUUUUUUGAGUUUAUUUCAUAUUGUUCUUGUGUUUCAA